AUGAAGCUGAUUGACCCCAAGUACCCCUCAUGCACACCAUUUACAAAGCUUGCCCAAACGUACACCCCCACCCUCAAGCACUCCCACUCCCUCUCCUUUGAGGGGGAGAGCGGCUGCGGUGGCGCAGGGCGGCAGCGGGUGGUCGUGCAGGGAGCGGAGGCUGGAAAGGAUAGUGGGAAGACCAAGGACAAGGUAGUGUCUCGCUCACAAAGAGCUGGACUACAGGUGCUGGAGCUGGCAGGUAAUGCUUACAAGGAUCUUAAAGCGUAUCACUCCACACCCCUGCAGCUUGCAAUUCGUGGUGAUGAAGAGUUGGACUCUCUUAUCAAGGCUACCAUAGCUGGGGGUGGUGUGAUCCCUCAUAUCCACAAAUCUCUGAUUGGAAAGAAGGGACAGCAGAAAACUGCUUAG